AUGGAGAGAUGUGUUGAGCAACUUCUGCCCGUUGAAAAGUAUCCUUCGCGAAAAAACAAUGCCAUGAUCCACUCUUGCUGCUGGGAAGUUGCAUGGAAUGUUCUCGGCCGUCCACCCCUCAAAGACUCUUGGCUGGCCCAAUUCACGUCCCACCUUGUCUAUCUAAGGCCUUUUGCUACGAAGACCCUGUUCGAUUGUGAGACAAACGAUAUUGAUCAUGAGCUUUGGGCGGAAACUCCGUCUCGCGACAGAAUCGAGUCGGCUGGUAAGCAAGAUACUCAGGGAGCUCUGCAUUCAAUGAUCCAAGAAGCUUCUUCUUGGCUUGAGCGGAAUCCCGGAAUUGUUUGCAUAGAUGACGUUCAAAAGAUGGACCAAUUCCUGGCCUUUUGUCUCAUCAAGGGCAUUCCUUAUCAGCUGGCCACGGACAAGGAUACCGAUAUUAGGCCUCAUUUACGGAGAGCAUUACAAAGUUUGAAAGCAAGUGCUACAUCUCGACUACCGAAGACUUUCAAUCUUUGGGUUGCAUGGAACAACACGAAGAGUGCCUUAGACUCCUUUCGAAGUUUACCUCGACCCCGGCCUCUGACGCUCGAUCCCGAAUUAUACGGCCUGACAGCUGUAAUCAAGUACUCUGUGCCUGCCGAACAAUGCCACAGAUUGAUAUUCUCGUUCAGAACACGCCCAGUCCCACACCCCGGCUCAUGGCCUAUGUUGGAACUUGUUAUGUUUGCCUAUGAUGGAAAAGUGAUAGGCUCUGCUGGACUCGCCGGUCGCAAUCUUUCUGUCUCUUUAACCAUCCAAUCACUGAGAGGUAUCCAUAUUGUUCAGGACAGAGCUGGUAGCAUUACAGCGAUCCGGGUCAGGGACGGUCAGCGGUGGACUGCAUGGUAUGGAGCACCGAAACUGGGAAGCCACGAUUCGGAACAUGAAUGGGAGAGCCCUGAAAAGAACCUGGUCAUCAACUAUGAUAUCAUAGGAGUUGGCGUCAAAUCGCGGGUUUCUGAUCUUCCUUGCUAA